UAAAAUAAAAAUGAAGGAUUACAGCGAGACACGUCCUCUUAACAAAAAAAGAAUAGUAAGAUCUGAAUCUCCUCCUCCACUUCGAAUUAGAUACAAUAGACCUUAUAAAACAAUAGUUUUAUCGUUUUUUCUUUUGAGUGCAGGAAUAUUAUUUACAGAAUAAGGAAUAAUUCAAUAUCAAGAGAAAGGUUUAGGAGAGACUUAUCCCAUUUUUAUUUUAGCAAUUAUGCUUUUAAUACCAGGUGUGUUUUAUUCUGGAAUGUUUAUAUUAAUAGUAUUAGGAAUAGGAGGAUUCACUUAUGAAAUGCUACCAUCAGUGAAUAAUUGA